AUGAACAGUAAGAGUAAUGCUAUCUUGAAUUUUAAUGCAUAUCGUGGAUACUGUUCUAAUGUACAUAAGGAUUUUGUUAUUGCAGAUAUAUCAACUUUAAAAGUAUAUGAUAAAAGACAGAAAAAAUAUAUAUUAAUUUUUUUUAUAAAAUUCUUUAUAUAUAUCCUUUUAAUUUGGAUAUUACAAUGUUUUAAUAAUUGGUAUUCUUCUAGAUCAGGGAAUUACAAAAAUAACUUAAAAAUCAUAUUAUGUUUAGGAGCUAAAGGAUCAUUAAUAGAAGGUAAUAAUACAAUAAGUGAAGUAAACGAAGGAUUAGAACACUGUGAACAAAUGGUAAAAGGAGAAAAUUUUAAAUUAGAUAAUAAAAUAAAUAAGGUUGAGAACAGUUCAUAUGUAAAACUAGAAAAUAAAAAAAAUCACACAAAAGUAGAAGAAGUAAAUAAAAUAGAUAUUACAGAUGUGGAACUAGGAAAAGAGAUAAAAGCAAACGAGAAAAAUAAAAAAGGGAUAUCUCCUAAAAAUUUUCUAAUAUUCAAAGAUAAAUAUGAAACAAUUGCCGCAUAUUUUAUAAUUUUCCUGAUAUUUUGUAUAUUGGUAUUAUUGAUAAUUACUUUAAGUACCACACAUUUAGAUUUACAUAAUUGGGUUAUCCUGUUAUUUUACAUAUUAUCUUUAACACUUGCUAUCCUUUUAUUUUAUGAGAUAAAAAAAAAAGAACAACAAAAAAAAUAUUAUAGGUGGUUAUUAAAAUUCGUUAUUAAAUAA